AUGGUUGAACUUAAUUUUAUAGAGCGAAAAAAGGGUAUAAUCCUUGAUGAAUAUGAUUAUAGAUACAAUUUUGAAGAACUUGUAAGUAGUGUUAAUAAUAAAAUUGAAGAAUUAAAAAAAACAGAUGAUUUAUCUAAAUUUGUUCAUAAGUGUAAAGAUUUAGGUAACAAUUUAGAUAAGCAUAGAAAAGAAUGUAUAAAAUGUUAUGAAGGUGAAUUUGUACAAAGUCACUUAAAUUUUGAUACCGCCAUUCAUUCAUUAUUAUCAGAAGUUACUAACUACGGAGGUUGUCCUAGACACUGGAGAAAUGAAGAUGAUGAUCGUAUUAACUUAAUAGGUGAAUUAAAUAAAUUUUGUGAAGAAAAGGAAAGUUAUAAAUCGCAUUUAAAAAAACUAGGAAUCGAAUGUCAAGAAAAAACAAAAUGUAACAAAACGAAAAAUUGCAAUACAAAACAAUUAGGAUAUAAAUUAUGGCUACGUGAAAAGCAAAACCACUUUAGAUCAAAACAACCUAUAAUUAAUGAGUAUUUUUCAGGACCCAAUCCAAAAAUAAAACUUUUGUAUGAUUGUAAUACAUCUAAUUCUUCAUUAUUUGAGGAUAAUACUAAUUAUUGUAAUAAAUGUGUUCCAACAGAGUCUGCUCCAAAUGAUGUGGCAAACUCACAAUAUUUCGUUACCAAAGGAAUUCAUACUUUUCCAGCAGAUAACUCACAAUAUAUUAUUAAUGAUAAAUCAGAUUUAAAUUAUACCUCCCAAAGAUAUGGUUUGGGUAAUAUCCUUUAUUAUGGGGACAUUUUAGGUUAUAAUGAGUAUGAUGAUACUCAUACCGUUACAUUAAAGGACUCAUCGUGUACAGAUAAUACGUAUAAUAUUGUACAAGUAUCUCCACCUAAGGUUACUCAGACUGUUCAUGAUAAAGAAUUAUCAAAGGCUCGUGAAAUAUCUGAGGUUCCUGCAGCAUUUAAAUUAUCUGACGUGUCUACAUCGUCUAAAAUAUCUGAUCCAUCUGAAUCAUCUGAAUCAUCUGAAUCAUCUGAUCCAUUUGUGUCAUCUGAACCAUUUGUGUCAUCUGUGCCAUUUGUGCCAUCUGUGCCAUUUGUGCCAUCUGUGUCAUCUCAUAUUAAUGGUGUUCCAGAAAUUGAAGGAUCUUCUACAUUAUAUCAUUAUUCCGAAAAACAAUUGCCCCAUAAAAUUGAACCUCCUGAGCCCUGUAUGUUCUAA